AUGUUGGACGACUUCUCGUUUACUCAUUCUAACGGACAGAACGUUUCCAUUGUUGUAUCAGGUUUCGAGGACAAGAACAUCUUUGUUAUCUCUAAUUUGGGAAAGGUUGGCCACGUAAUCGAUCUCUACUUUCCCCCAAGUGCCGUUCCGGUUCAAAGAAGUACAGACUUUGAAACCAGAAACAUUUUUGGACCUGAUACGGUAAACUCUUUUUGAUAGCAAGCCUUUUUAUAAUCCUACUGUAAUUCUGUGAUUUUUUUCGAUUAUUACAUUUGAUAACAUGAUGUGUUUAGGGUGUGUACGAUCUGUUCUUGAGUAGACUAGCCAGUUCAUUGUGUUUGUGUGGAUUCAAUCAGAAGCCGGUCCGCUUUUUGCUUGGACUAGACUGGCCAGAAGGCCAAGAUGUCGAGUUCUUGUCUGAAAUUGUGGACGCUGUCGAGAACGGCCUCAAGGGGUGAAACGCGACUAUGUUCAGCACUACCAGCACCAGACAUUAAGAAGAGUGUCUUUCUUCCCAAAUCGCGGUUUCCUGUAGCUGUGAAGCCGACUGAACGAUCUCGAAUUGACGGAGAAUUGGCUUCAGAAGCUGAUUUCAAUGGGCUGUAUGGUUGGCAGAGGGAGUUGGAUAGGGAUGAGUUUGUACUAUUAGAUGGGCCACCCUAUGCUAAUGGUUCUCUUCAUGUGGGACACGCGGUAAACAAGAUUCUCAAGGAUUUCAUCGUGAAAAGUCAAGUUUUUGGUGGAAAAAAGGUUUUGUUCAAUCCAGGGUGGGAUUGUCAUGGUCUACCUAUUGAAAACGUGGUCAGGAAAACGUUGAAGGUAAGGUGAUUUGAGAUUAAAAUUUGAUAAAAAUAUAUUGUGCACUUUUUAUGAUUUGUUUACUGUAAUUUUUAGGAGAAAAAGCCUGAAAAGAUCAGAGUGUUGGCCCAUGCUCAUGUGAAGAACAUAGUAAACGAACAUAGAUCUACUUUUAAGCGGUGGGCAGUGACGUCGGACUGGGACAAUCCUUAUCUCACUUAUCAACCUUCGUAUGUGGCCAAUCAGCUGAAGGUGUUUGCCAAGAUAUACGACAAAGGUUACGUGUAUCGUGACUUCAAGCCUGUCUAUUGGUAAGUUGUGGUUGUUAAUGUUAUUUUGUUAUUUCCAUAUUAAUUUAAAGUUAUACUUUGCUAAAAUAUUUACCUUAAUUUAGGUCUCCCAGCUCCUUUUCAGCAUUAGCAGAGUCUGAACUUGAGUACAAUGACAAGCACGUGUCCAAGGCUGUCUACUUUGCAUUUCCAGUGAGUUAUAUUACAGUAGUUUAUAAGUUUAAUUUUUGGGGUUAAUGCGUUACGUACUUUAGGUAAUAAAUUUCAAAUUGGGUGAUGUUGGAGUAACCAACUGGAAACGUCGAGAACCUCCCUUAGUGUCAGCUCUCAUCUGGACAACAACUCCAUGGACAUUACCUUUAAAUGAUGCCGUUUCCUACAACAACAAGUUACAGUACUCUCUGAUACAGUUCAAGGACAACGAAAAGUAUGGUUUUACUUUAAAAGUUGCUGGCAUAUAUAUAUGUGUAUAUAUAGUUUUACAUUUAAAAUUUGAUUACUGUAGUUUCUACCGUUUUCAGAGAGCCAGUAGAGCAUUACUAUAUCAUAUGUAAUGACCUUCUUCCUGCUCUUACCGAGGUCUUAAACCGAGAGUAUACGGUAAUUUCUACGUUCGAUGGAUCUCAUUUGGAUAACCUUUAUUACCGGUCGAUAAUGUACAAUGAAAUCGCUCAACCUUUUCACCAUGGUGAACAUGUCUCUGCCAGUAUGGGUACUGGGUUGGUACAUACGUGCUAUGCUCAUGGAUUUGACGACUAUACGGUAAGCAUACUACUGUAAUAUAAGAUGUGACUACAUAUGUAAUUGUUUGUGAUAUUACCCAAAAGGGUCAAUUAUCUACAAUAAUAUUAUAAAAGCGUGAUUGUUUUAGGUAGCUAUUAAGAAAGGAUUCAAAGUGAGAUGUUAUGUUGAUGACAGAGGAUGUUAUACUAGGGAUGUUGGGACAGCUCUGGAAGGAAAGUUUGUGCUGAAAGGAGGUCAGGACACAGUGCUGGAGAUGUUCAAGAAGUAUAUUGUUCAUGAGCAAGACUUUGAGCACUCAUAUCCUUAUGAUUGGCGAACUCACAAGGUAAUUACUUUUUAUUAAUCGGAGUAUUUAGUUCUACAGUACACAUUAUUUUUACUGAGUUAUGUUUAAGAGGAUUGAUUAACGCUAUGUGCUCUUUUUAUAAGCAAGAUGGGUAUGAUACUAUGUUAUUAUUCAAAUGUGAAUAUUUGUAGCCAAUAAUCAUCAGAAGCACUCGUCAAUGGUUUCUGAACGUCUCUAACAUUGGUGAACAAUGUGUUGAGCGCAUCGAACGAGAAAACGUUAACUUUGGUACUGGAGGGCAUGGUAUGUUGAGCUUCUUAUAUAACAUUCUUACUGUAUACCAUGGAUUAUACCUUGCAUUCGGUCAAUAAUAAUUUGAGUAAAAAUAAAUUGGUUUAGAUUUUAAGUCAGCCAUGGCCAGUUUCCUGCUCGGCCGCCCUGAUUGGUGCAUCUCUCGCCAAAGAGUAUGGGGAGUACCAAUUCCAGCACUACUUGACAGAGACCAACAUCACACAUCGGCCGACUUUAUCAACACUGUGGCUGACAAUGUUAAGGGUGAUUACAAUUGGUACUGGAAUGCAAGUGAACAAGAUCUCAUUCAAAUUGUAAGGUUUUAUUUUGUGACAGUUUUGUUACCUAAAUGUGACCUAAAACAUUCAAAAUAUUCGGUUAAAUAUUUUGAUUUAGAGUGGAAACCGAGAAUUGGACAAAGAUACCGUAGUAAAAUCAACUGACAUUAUGGAUGUGUGGUUUGAUAGUGGACUGAGUUGGCACACCUUGAAUGGGAGGAAGGCUGAUGUUGUACUAGAAGGAAAGGACCAGUUCAGAGGAUGGUUCAGUUCACUUUUGUUGACUUCCAUGUUGGCUGAGGUAUGUGACGUAUACUGUAGUUAUUAUUGUGAAAAAAGUUUGGCAAUGUUUUAAGUUUUUUUUGCUUUCUUUAAAUUAGAUUGUUUUACUGCAGUAUUAUUGGAUAAAGUAAUACACUUGUCUUGUAGGACAACAUUCCCUACAAAAGGGUUUUGGUCCACGGGUUUACAGUCGACAAGAACAACAACAAGAUGUCAAAGUCCAAAGGGAAUGUCAUCAGCCCUGGAGUUGUGAGUGGUUUUUGAAAAUAUUUUAAAUUUGAAAUUUAUUUUAAUUCAAGUAGUAAUUUUAGAUAACAGACGGCAAUUUGAAAAGUGGAGCCAUUGGUGCAGAUGGUCUCCGACUGUGGGUGGCGUUGUACGGAAGUGAGAACCCAGGUGAUGUUAAGAUCGGCCAAGUGGUGCUGGAAGAGGUCAAAGCGAGAUUAAAACAGAUUCGCCUGCUUCUCAGAUUUAUAUUAGGAUCUCUGGAACAGUACGAUUGUCACGCUCCCGAAAAACUGCAUUACUUGGAUCAGGUAACUUUUAUUUUAGUCAACCUGUGUGGGGCUGAAUCACAAAAAAAUGUUUUAAAAUGUGGAAAACAAUAUCUUUCCAAUUUUAUGUAAUUGUAAUCCUACACUGACUAAUCGUAUUUCAGUAUAUUCUUAAAGAGGCCAUGUCACUGGAAACACGAGUACGUCAAAUGUACAGUAACUAUGAGUUCCGGCAUGCUGCCAACGACAUUCUACAGUUCGUCAGGAACCCAUACAGUACUGUUUAUGUCGUAAGUCUUUACGUGUUAGGUGUAUAAUACCGAUAAAAAAAAUAAUCAUGGCUCAGGGAGUAUGGUCAGUGUUUUGCCGGACCGGUCCGGUCCGGAUUUUCAAAAUUGCAAAAUUGAAAAUAACUUUUUAGCUUAUCGCUUGAAGUUAUAAAAAAUAGAUAACUUUUGUGAAGGUCCGUCUUUGGCUAUCAAGUUAUUACCGAAAUGCCCGGACCGGCAAGACCGAUUCGGUCCGGCCGGUCCAAAUGUUUAGCGAGGAACUUGUAUGAGACGGACCUUCACAAAAGUUAUUUAUUUUUUAAAAGUUCAAAUUAUAAGCUCAAAAGUUGUUUUCAAUUUUGCAAUUUUUGAAAAUCCGGACCGGACCGGUCCGGCAAAACACUGAGAGUAUGGUGAUUUCUAACUUAAAUUUAAGAAUCUGCUCAAAGACCGAUUAUAUUGUGACAAAGUGGGCGGGGCAUCUCAUCAAUCAGCACAGUACACUUUGGAUAAGACCGGUCGCAUCUUGGUGGCAUUACUUUCCCCGUUAUUACCCCAUUUGACAGCCGAGUAUGCCUCGUAUCAUCCUGAACUUAGCAAAGAUUUGGCACAAUCUUAUCGUGACUUGUUGACUACACGACAAACUCCAGUAGUAGACUGGAGUGAGGACUUGGAUCAGGUUAUGGAGCUGACACAGUCUCUUCGCAAGUCCAUCACCGAAACUUCACCCGCUAAAACGGUAAUUUUGAAUUUUACAAUUACCUUUUAAAUUGUAAUCCAAAUACUUUUUAGAAUUACACUCUACGUCUAACGGAAUCAGAUAGGAACCUGUUACGAUGUGUACAAUCGAAGCAGUUUUCCACGGACUCUGAAUUGGUGGAGCUUCUGGGAGUUGGAUCAGUGAAGAUACAAGAAGGUGACAGAUCAGAAAUAUCCAAAGAUCUCGAACAGCUUCAAGUCUGUUCACGAUGCAGGAAACGGAAUUCUGAAUCCGGAGAGCUUUGUCAACGAUGUCAAUCAGCGAUGUCAUAUCAAUAA